GUAGAAUUUCUGAUACGCACGUGUAUAAGUUGUACAACAGUGAAUACGAUAAACAGAAUUGUCCAAAAUCAAAUAAAAAUUAGAAUAACUUAUAUACUACAAUGGAUCGAAAGAAAAAGCAACUUUUAGUUUCUACAAGUGAAUCUUUGGAAAAAGUUUCGCGUUUCCUGGGAAUCAAUCUGUCGAGUUACAUAAAUGGAUUAUAUAAUCUUGCGCUUCUUGUGAUAUUGGUCAUUUUCUUGAGUCAAGACUCUUGGACGAUCAAUUGUUUAUCUGAUAAUCAUUGCGAGCAACGUUUUGCCGUAAAGUUUUUGAUAGGGUUAACAUAUUCCUUGAAGGUUCUAUUAGUGUUGAUUAUACUGAGCACAUCCCUAUUUCAUCCAAAACAAUUUGUUUUCCCUCGCCAAGAGACGUUUGUCAUAGAUUCCAUACUUGAGUCGUACGGUGCACGAUUCACAAAUAAUGAUAUUUUCCUCGCGCAUCUGCAGGACAUUGUGACUGCGAAAAUAGCAUUAUUGGAUACGAUGAAAACCUUGUACGAUAUAAUCGCUUACUCUAAUUUAUUUAAAGAUAUACCCUUCACCAUGUUUAACUGGUACUGCAGAAUGUGCAUACUAAUUACGAAUGGGUUAUUCAGUCAUCACAUAUACGAUAUAUAUCUGAGAUCUCGCGAAUUGAAUAAGAUCGCAGUACAGCAUUCGAGGGAAAACUUAUCGGUUUCUUAUGUUGAUUUCACCACAAGCUCAAAUUUAUUAUUUAAUAAAUGCAACAAUGCUUUAAUUACCAAAUUCCGAUCGAUUCAAUAUGUUCAUCAUGAAUUGUAUAUUUUAGCGACAAAGAUAAAUACAAAUUUUAGUCUACAACUUCUCACAAUGUCUACUCUAUGUUUAACUAAUAUAAUUUUUUACCUUUAUACUAUACAUCAUAGUAUAGAAACAAACAUUGACAUUGAAAUAAUAUUAGGCUAUGUACAUAUGACAUUCUUCUAUGCUCUUCCAUUUCUGUACGUCAGUUACAUUUGUCAGCGAUCGAGAAAUGCAUUUCGGCAAAUGGCAAUCAUUUUGCACAAUGCUUUCCUGGAGUAUAAAUCAUUACGGGCUGAAGUGGUGCAUUUUUCACUUCAGCUUUUCCAUGAGAAUUUAACGUUUACUGCUUUAGGACUAUUUGAAAUCAAUAUUCCCCUCAUAUGCUCUGUUGCUGGAGCUAUAAUAACAUAUUCCGUUAUGGUCAUUCAAUUGGACACAAAAUUUGCUAUUGCAACUACAGACAAUGCAACUACUACUACUAUUACUGCUAUUAUUGCUAUUACUACUACUACUACUACUACUACUACUACUAUAUACAAUCACACCAAAAAUAAUUCUA